AGGCGAAGCGGAGAUCAAGAAGGAGAUGGCCAACAUAAUGAUACCAAGGCAUUUCAAGAAGCUUGGAAAAUAGCUUGCUCGUUGCAUGGACGAACAGAGAUUUUGUUGCCAUAUGGGAAAACAUUUUUGGUGUAUCCACUUGACAUUGUGGGACCUUGUCGGUCCAGGGUCACUUUGUUGAUCUUAGGAUCAAUAGUGGCACCAAAAGAUCCAGAGCAGUGGAAUGGUUUUGAUCGACAGAAAUGGCUUUCGUUCAGAUGGCUGAAUCAUCUCACUGUAGAUGGUGGUGGCAGUGGCACUAUCAAUGGAAUGGGCCACAAUUGGUGGUCCAGAUCAUGCAAGACCACCCCAAAUCAUGCAUGUGAAGCCGCUCCAACGGCCGUCACUUUCCAUAGAUGCUUCCAUCUCAGAGUGAAGGACCUCAAAUUGCUCAAUAGCCAACAAAUCCACGUGGCCAUCACUAGUUCAAGGAACGUCAUCACAUCCAAUCUCCGAGUGCUAGCUCCUGCCUUUAGCCCCAACACUGAUGGAAUUCAUAUUGGUGCUUCAAAGGGUGUUGAGGUCAAGGAUUGCUUAAUCCAAACAGGGGAUGAUUGUAUUUCCAUAGUCACCAAUUCCUCAAAAAUCAGGAUUACAAACUUAUCCUGUGGUCCAGGCCAUGGCAUCAGUAUCGGUAGCUUGGGCAAAUUCAACACGUGGGAGAAGGUGCAAGAUGUAACAGUGGAUGGAGCUUUUCUUUACAGAACUGGUAAUGGGGUAAGAAUCAAGACAUGGCAGGGUGGUGGUGGUUUUGCCUCCGAUAUCACAUUCAGAAAAUUUUGA